AAAAGCUCCUUGUUCGUGGACUUCCCUCCAGAACUGACUGCUAGUGGAAGACACCAGAGGCCAGAGAAGACCCUGCUGGAAGAGGGAAAGCGGCCAUGGCUGAACAAUUUAAAAAAGCAAGCAUAUGCCUUACAUGCCAGGGUUAUCUUGAAAAACCCACGUACCUGAAAUGUGGCUUUGUCUGCUGCUUUCAUUGCUUCAAUUUACUGCAGAGAGAGCCUGGUGGGGAGGGUUUAUUGUGUCCCUUUUGCCCUGUGGUGACCCAGAAGAAUGACGUCAGACAGAAUUUCCAGCUGCAUCAGCUGAUUUCCAAUAUCAAGGAACUGGAGCCCCAGCUGAGAGCUAUCCUACGUGUGGACCCAAGGAUGCUGAAAUUCCAAGUGGAUAUGACCUUAGAUGUUGACACAGCCAACAGUAACCUCAUUAUUUCUGAGGACCGUAGGAGUGUUCGAUGUGGGUAUUUCAAACAGAUUCGGGAAGAUCGUGCUGAGAGAUUCAAAUCCAUGUGUGUUCUUGGCUCCCCUCAGUUCACCUCUGGCCGCCACUACUGGGAGGUGAAUGUGGGAACAAGCCCAGAAUGGGAUCUGGGCGUUUGCAAGGAAUCAGUUAAUCGGCAAGUGGAUAUUAAACUGUCUUCAGAAGGUGGCUUCUGGACUGUGGGUGUGAGAGGUGGAGAGAUGUUUGCGGCCAGCACUGUGCCUUUGACUGACCUCUGUGUGAACCCCGGGUUACACCGCGUGGGAAUUUUCCUGGAUAUGGAUAUGGGAAACCUUUCCUUUUUUGACAUCAGCAAUGGAUCCCAUAUCUUUACAUUCACCAAAAUACCUACUGUGGAGCCACUACGCCCGUUUUUUGCUCCUGAAAAUCCAGUUAGUGAUGACACCCAAGGCUUCCUGAGUAUCUGCCCUGUAAAGAAUCCGGGCACUGCAAGUCCUCCAGUUUCUCCUGAGGAAGGCAAUUAACCUU